AUGGCGACAGCGCAGCCACGAGCAUCCGGUCACACCACGUCGGCCCGCCGCCUCGUUACCAAACGCCCGUUGACGAAACCCGGCGGCAAGGGCGGCGCGACGUCAUCGUAUGGCGGCAGUGGCAGCGUUGAUGAGAAGCCCUCGGAAGCACGCGGCUCCCUCAUGCUCGUGGCCCCGCCUCUGCCACCGUCCAAGAAGACGGCAGCAGCGGCAGCGGCUACUAAGAAAAGAAGCAAUACCGGAAACGGGAAAAAGAAACCUGUGAACGGGCCUUUGAGUGACUGUUACACCCCUGUCAAAGAAUCCGCGGCGGGUCAACAACACCGUGUCGACUCCUCGGUUGUGAGGCAGUUCAACUCGCGCCAGGAGCCCUCGCCGUUCCUCGACUCCGUGUACAUGGAGCGGAGGGCGAAGGCGUUAAGCGCCAUGCGCCAGCGUAGCUCGGCGUAG